CGGUCCGUCUCUUUAAAUCUUCCGUAAGAACUCUGGGGGUUAAAAUAAUACAAACCGCAUCCGUGCGUUUUACUGGGUUAUAUUGAUCUCCUGGGGAGAACGCUCACGUCUCCAUGCUACUGAACAGGGUCGGGGUAAUUAGCUUUAGUGUACGAAGAUGGGGCCAUGGUACUCGAAGAAGUAUCUUUCAUCCCGGCCUCCAGGUACAGCUUUAUCAAUUUCGAAGUGCUGGCUCCUCGGGAGUCACGGCUCAGCAUUCAGGCGAUCGGGGCGAGAGAAAGUACCGUGAUAGUGUGCUGCUUCCCAAGACUGACUUUCCGAUGAAACUGAACGGUCAGAAACUACUGGAUCGGGAAAUAGAAAUACAGAAGUUGUGCGGAUUCUCAGAGUUGUACGCAUGGCAAAGAGAUCGUAAGGCAAAAAAGGAGUUUUGUCUUCAUGACGGCCCCCCUUACGCUAACGGAGACCCCCACGUGGGACACGCGCUGAAUAAGAUCCUUAAAGACAUUCGCAAUCGCUUUGAGGUCCUGCGAGGCAGGCACGUUCACUACGUGCCAGGCUGGGACUGCCAUGGGCUGCCCAUCGAGUUAAAGGCCCUCGGAGAUCUGGCGAUGGAGGGCUUGACGCCUCUCCAGAUCCGGCAGAAAGCCCGGGAGUUUGCAGAGGAUGCCAUCUCCCGGCAGCGUGCCGCCUUCCAGCGCUGGGGCGUGAUGGCUGACUGGAGCCACUGCUACUACACCUUCAGCGGGCAGUACGAGGCUCGGCAGCUGCAGGUCUUCCAAGAAAUGCACAGCAAGGGCUUGAUCUACAGGGACUACAAGCCAGUGUUCUGGUCACCCUCCUCCAGGACAGCCCUGGCGGAGGCGGAGCUCGAGUACAACGCACAGCACAUGAGUCGGGCUGUUUACGCCACCUUCCCAGUGAAGACCCCGCCCCCAAAGCUGGCCUCUGCUGAGGAGGACUGGAGCAGUGCAGCUGCACUGGUGUGGACGACCCAGCCCUGGACCCUGCCAGCGAACCAGGCCGUCUGCUUCAUGCCCAACACGCAAUACUGUCUGGUAAGGAGAGCGGACAGCUCACAGCUCCUCCUGGUGGCCACCGAAUGCAUUAGCAGACUGACAGCCUCUCUUGGCGUGCAGCUGGACACAGUCAGCACCUUCACAGGCUCGGAACUGGAGGGUGGCGUCUGCCGACAUCCCACGAUGCCCGGCAAGGAGGUGCCGCUGCUCGCGGCUAAUCACGUGACCAUGGGCAAAGGCACGGGGCUGGUGCACACGGCUCCCGCCCACGGGAUGGAGGACUUUGCCGUGGCCUCACACUUCGGUCUCCCUGUGGAGUGUAUGGUGGAUGAGGAGGCCAAGUUCACAGAGUUGGCUGGUCCUGAGCUCCACGGCCAAGAGGUCCUGGGACAGGGGACAGAUACGGUGAUCUCCAUGCUGAGGGCCGCGGGGGCCCUGGUGAAGGAGGAGGACUGUGUGCACAGCUACCCCUACGACUGGAGGGCCAAGCGGCCUGUGAUCAUCCUGCCCAGCAAGCAGUGGUUCAUCAACACAGCUUCCCUGAAGGACAAGGCCAAGGAAGCAUUGCAGAAGGUUCGUGUGAUGCCGGAGUCGGCGCGGGGCAGCCUUUCGGCCAUGCUGGAUCGGAGGACGUACUGGUGCAUCUCCCGGCAGCGCAGCUGGGGAGUCCCCAUCCCCGUUUUCUACCACAAAGAGACAGGCGAGCCGCUCAUCAACAGGCAUACCGUAUCCCACGUGGCCACGCUCUUUGCUGAGAAAGGGAGCGACUGCUGGUGGGAGCUGCCCCUGGACUCGCUGCUGCCCCCGCAGGUGUUGAAGAAGAGCAAAGCUGGCCCAGUGACAGACUACGAGCGCGGAGAAGAUGUGCUGGACAUCUGGUUUGACAGCGGAGUGACUUGGGCAGCAGUGCUGCCGGAGUCCGACCCCCGUGCCGAUGUCUACAUCGAGGGAAAGGACCAGCUUGGAGGCUGGUUCCAGUCCUCCCUGCUAACCAGUGUUGCUGUGCGCAAUAAGGCCCCCUACAGGUCGCUGGUGGUGCAUGGCUUUGCGCUGAGCGAAAAGGGGGAAAAGAUGUCAAAGUCCCUGGGGAACGUGGUGGAUCCUGCUGUGGUCAUCAGUGGGGGGAAGGACCCCUCUGUCUCCCCCCCGUACGGGGCAGACGUGCUCCGUUGGUGGGUGGCCGAAUCCAAUGUGUUCUCUGAGGUUCUGAUCGGACCUACUGCGCUCAGCUCUGCCCAGGAGAGCAUCCACAAGCUGAGGAACACGCUGCGAUUCCUGCUGGGGAACCUCCAGGGCUUCGACCCCCGCACACAGGCUGUGGAUCCCAGGCAGAUGCACUAUGUGGACCAGUACCUGCUGCAUCUGCUGCGGGAGUUUGGAAUGAAGGUGUCUGACGCCUACAGCGAGUUCGACGUGAGCCGGGUGGUCAGGCUCCUCCAGGCCUUCAUCUCCAGGGACCUCUCCAGCUUCUACUUCAGCAUCAUCAAGGACAGGCUGUACUGCAAUGCAGAGGAUUCGCCAGGCCGCCGGUCCUGCCAGACCGUUCUGGAGGAGAUCCUAGACGGCGUGAGUCGCGCCGUAGCGCCGAUUCUGCCCCACCUGGCGGAGGAGGUGUACCUGCACGCCCCGGGACACGAAGAGGGCGAGACCCUAUUUCGCAGCGGCUGGAUAAAGAGCAGCUCCGUGUGGACGAAGCCCGGGCUGCAGGAGGCCGUGGAGGGGGCGUGCACCAUCAGGGACUCCUUCCUGUCCUCCAUCCCGGGCCGCAAUGCUGUGGAGUAUGAGCUCGCAAUCGCCAUCGAACCUGGAUUGCUCUUCGAGCUCAUGGAGUCACUGCAGGAAGAGCCUACCUCAACCUGCUCCCAGCUGACGGAGCUCAUGAUGGCCUCCCGCACCACCCUGCUGAGCACUCUGCCCCAGGACCUGCCCUCGGAGGCACUGACCAGCACAGGGAACUUCCUCAUCAACCUGGAGGGUGUGGGGAUUCGCGAGGAGAGCGCCUACAGCGUGGCGGCAAUACCCUGCCCCCUCUCACGCUGUCCACGCUGCCGCCGUCACACAGCCGGGGAACCGGAGUGCCUCUGUCCACGCUGCAAGGCUGUCCUGGGGGGUCCAAACUGAACCCCCACCCCACGCCAAAUCCCACCCAAGUUAGUAAGGAUUGCCACUCCCCCCCCCCCCCCUGCCCUUUGCUGCCCGACCUGCCUAAUGCACGACUGCAAGGGGGAGCUACUGCAAGUAUGUGUGCGAUUACAGUGGUCCUCACUUAACGCUGUCCUCAGGACCGGAAGUGAUGUCGUGGUCAGGUGACAGUCGAUACUAAGGGACUGUCUGCUGUAGGGAUUACAGGAGGGGAUUCUUUGUGAGUUUAUUCCAUAACAUUAUUGUAUAUAAUAUAUUGUUUGUCAUUCUAUGCUGCCGUCGAGAGAAUCUGCACAAAUUUUGGUUAAUGGAAGCUGAUUGGUGUCUGUAUGUUUCUCUUUCCACAAGUUCAAUAAAUUUGUUUUGUCUCAUGUGUCCCGAA